ACUUUUAUUUUAUGCGGAAGUCAACCCGGAAGUAAAUAAACCCACGUGUAGAUAUUGACUGUAGAUGUUGAAAAAUGUCGACCAAUAGUGCAGAGAAAAGACCUAAACCUCCGUCCUCUCAGUUCGGGGACCAGAUUCCCUGGAAGAGAAGGAAAGCAGAAUUAAAGGAGAAACACAAGCAGUGGAAAAAUGCUAAACUCAUCAAACGGUUGGAGAAGCAGAAACAGCAAGAGACUGCAGAAAGAGCGGAGCAGGAGGAAAGCCAGAGUAAAAAAGGUCGAGCUUACACGGUGAGCGUGGCCCUUCCGGGCUCCGUCCUGGACAACGCUCAGUCCCCUGAGCUCCGGACGUACCUGGCGGGGCAGAUCGCCCGAGCCUGCGUCGUGUUCAACGUCGACGAGAUCGUCGUGUUCGACGAGCAGGGGGAAGAUGUCAAGAGUGUCGAAGGAGAAUUCAAAGGUGUUGGAAAGAAGGGCCAUGCAUGUAUUCAGCUUGCCAGAAUCCUUCAGUACAUGGAGUGUCCGCAGUAUUUGCGCAAGUGGUUCUUCCCGGUGCACAAAGACUUACAAUAUGCAGGUUUGCUUAAUCCUCUGGACAGUCCUCAUCACAUGAGGAUAGACGAAGAGUCAGAGUACCGGGAAGGAAGAGUCCUCAACAAGCCGCCGAAACAAGGAAAGGGUUCGUUGGUGAACUGCGGAAUGAGAAAGGACGUGCGGAUUGAUAAACAACUUCAGCCAGAUCUGCGAGUUACAGUGAAACUUACUAAGACACAGAAUCAAGUGUUUGUCCAUGUGUGUGCGCGCACAGAAAGCAGACUUUAUAAAGGUGUCGUCGUGGCGCCUCAUGUUCCCAGAACAGAAGGUGGUCUCUACUGGGGGUACACGGUCCGCCUGGCAUCCUGCCUGAGUUCAGUUUUCACUGAGAGUCCCUUUAAAGAAGGGUAUGACCUGACAGCUGGCACCUCAGAGAGAGGCAGCAGCGUGGACCAAGUCAUUCUGUCACCAUUCAAGCACCUUUUGGUGGUUUUUGGAGGUCUUCAGGGUUUGGAAGCCAGCCUGGAUGCAGACCAAAACCUGGAUGUGACCGACCCCAGCGUCUUGUUUGACCUCUACCUUAAUACAUGUCCAGAUCAGGGCAGCAGAACCAUUAGAACAGAGGUAAAAUGUGAAAAUAGACGGAUAAAGAGAAGCCAACUGCACUGUAAACAUAAUGACAAAGUUUCCAUUUUCGCUCAGUAUUGUAAUUUAAUCUUUCUGUUAACAGGAAGCUAUUCUAAUCUCCAUGGCAGCACUGAGACAGAAGAUCACAGCUGCUUUUUCAGAAGAUUCCAGUAGUUCAUGAAAAAUACUGUAAACACAUCUUUGUGUAGCAUAUCUGAGAAUUACCUUCUGUAAAUAGACAUCGACUUAAUUGACCAGUCUUAAGUUUUUUUCUCUGUUAUGCAGUGGAAACUGAACAUGGUUUGUGCGUUGUCUGUCUUAACAAUGCUUUGAUGAACAGUUCUGAAACAAAAACAAAACACA